AUGACCCUCAUGCUGAAGGACAGUGUGGUGCCUGGACAGAGCUCCACCUGCAAGGAUGCUAACAGUAUUAAGGCGAGCAUGUUUGCAUCGGUUGUGGCGGUUUACUAUAGGAGGAGGAAGUUGAUCAGGCUUUCUGUGGAAAUAGCCUCAUGGUCAGAGGUGCGUAGCUCCGGAGAGGCCGCCGUCAGCACCGGAGCGUGGGGAAAACAGCGCGCGGGAGCCUCGCUCCUGGCCGGGAAAAGCCACGGCGCAGCCCCAAGCGCCCACCAGGACCUGCCCGCGGCCGCAGCGCCGCGACCGAGCAGCGACCGACAGCGGAGAAAACACCCCCGGAGAGCGGCCGCGGGGAGGCAGCCGCGGCCGCCGCCAUGUGCGCGGUCACCCGUACGCACCGGAUUUGCUUCCCUGACGGGGCCGUGGUGCGAGCCCGGCGCGGCGGCAGCGCUUCGAGAUCGCCGCUACCGCACCACGGUCCUGGGAUGGCGCAGCGGAGCGGAGAAAGUCCUCGAUGGGGUCUUGCAGACACACACGGUGUUUGUCAGCGUUUCCAAAGGCCAGGUGGUGAAGAAGGAAGAUCUCAUUCUAGCAUUCGGGACACAUGACCAAAGAGAAGUGUGUAAGGCGAUUUCAUCAAAAAGAGAGCUGCAGGUAUCUGACAAAGAACGACAUACACAGCUGGACCUUCAGCAUUCCCAGGACCCCCAGCUCAAUGCUUGCCAUGGCUCAAGCAUCGCAGCCUGACAACCUGUAGGCAUCCCAUCCUCAAAGCUGCUGGCACUUGUGGUGCUGCUGCUGUCGUGGUUUGAGCUCAGCCGGUAACUCGGAACCACGCAGCCGCUCGCUUACUCCCCCCCUUCUUCCUCCCCCCGCUCCCGGAGGGAUGGGGAGGAGAAUCGGAAGAAUGUAACUCCCACGGGUUGAGAUAAGAGCAGUCCCGCAACUAAGGUAUAAUGCAAAACCACUACUGCUACCACCAAUGAUAAUAAUGAUUAGUGAAAUACCAAGGGGAGAGGAUACAGUUGCUCACCACCCGCCGACCGAUACCCAGCCUGACCCAAGCAGUGAUCUGGCCUUCCGGGUAACUCCCCCGGUUUAUAUACUGGGCAUGAUGUGCUGUGGUAUGGAAUACCCCUUUGGCUAGUUUGGGUCAGGUGUCCUGUCUCUGCUUCCUCCCGGCUUCCCCUCCUCCCUGGCAGAGCAUGAGACUGAGAAAGUCCUUGGUCAGAGUAAACAUUACUUAGCAACAACUGAAAACAUCGGUGUUAUCAGCGUUGUUCCCAGGCUGAAAGUUAAAAAACACAGCACUGCACCAGCUACUAAGAAGGAGAAAAAUGACUGCUGUAGCUGAAGCCAGGACAGCUGCCCAGCCCUGGGGAGACACCCACAGCACGCACCAAUCAGUGGUGUUGGUGGCACCACCAAAGCCUGAUAUGUCCACAAUGGUCAGGCACAAACACUCUUCCUGAUGUUCACCACAUGCUGUGUGAUCAGUGUCUGGGUGAUGUGCUCUCUCUUGGGUCUCCUCCUGCCCAGCAUUUAGGGUCUUCUACAGGGUCUCCAGCAAGUGUCCCAAUGACACUGGCUUCAGCAGGCAGAUCCCAUCCCACAGCUCCAUUCCGAUGGGUAAGGGGCUGUCCAUUGUCUCAAAGAUUGGUGUGAGAAGCUGAUGUCCGUUUUCUGAGAGGUGGAUGUGAGGAGCUGAGAUGGGACUCCACCAUCCAUUGCAUGAGUGAUGGGUGUGAGGAGCUGCAAUAAGACUCCAAGGUCCAUUAUCUCAAGGACUGGUGUGAGGAAAUGCUGUCCCUUAUCUCAAGGAUUGCUGACAAAUGUGCAGGUGAAGAGGUGGUGGCAAGACCAGCGAAAUUGGGUGCACCUGAUCCACCAGGAAUGUGCAGUAUGUGACAUUAAGAACAGAGGUACUGCCCUCAACACAUAAUUAAAGGGGAAAAAGGUAAUUACUGUGGUGGCCACCCACCUCUGAUGACAACUACUGAGCCUCGGGAUGGUGGUGACUCUGCACCCCAAAUUCUUGCUUAAUUUCUCUCCUUUUUUCUGAGCUGUCCUAUCGCUAUCUUUUCUAUAAUAAUAAUAUUUUAUCUUUUUAUAAUAAACUGAUUGAUUAUGGUA